UGGAGUGCAGAUUGAAAUGGAGGAAUCGCUACCGCCAAGCUACAACAGCAGCGCAGACAAAGAAGGAGCGGCUCAUAGACUACACAAGCGCAGCGUCGGGGAACAGCCACUGCGAAUUUUGUUAUUCUACGAUGAUUCUGUUUACAAACUAGACGUUGACAAAUUCAAUCUCAUCAACAACACCGUCCUACCUGAAGCUGUGCACUUUUGGGAGCAGGCAUUAAUGGUGCGGCAAACAAAGGGUGUCAUAAAACUGAAUAGAAAAUGUAACAGCACACAAGUGUUUGUGAAGGACGGAGAGACGCACUGCAUCGACAAGUGCAAAGAUGUUACGAUGUGUGGGGAAGUUGUGGUGCCUGAGCAGCAUUUAAAUGUGUGCCGUGUCUGCAAUUCAACUGGCCAAAAUUGUCGCAUUGACGAGACCACUGACGCAGGUGAAGGCAUUGAGAAUGCUGACUUUGUGUUUUAUGUUUCUGCACGACAAACGGAGCGUUGCCACAAAGGGCUGACAGUGGCGUAUGCAGCGCAUUGCCAACAAGAGGCUAAAUUGGAUCGACCCAUAGCGGGACAUGCAAAUCUCUGUCCUGAUAGCAUCAGCACUAAACCGCAGGAAUUGCAAACGCUUAUAUCGACUGUGAAACAUGAAAUCUUGCAUGCCUUGGGCUUCUCAGUGAGUUUGUAUGCAUUUUUUCGCGAUGAUGAAGGAAAGCCACGAACACCGCGCAAACCAGACACGGGGAAACCUCACCUGAAUGAAAAUUUACAAAUUCACCAGUGGAGCAACGAGACGAUACGUAAAGUAGUGCGCAAAAACUGGUCAGUGCGUGGCGGAUUCAUACGUAGAGAGUUCAAUAUGAUGGUAACACCACGUGUGGUAGCAGAGGUACGUAAACAUUUUGAUUGCCUUAAAUUGGAAGGAGCUGAAUUGGAAGAUCAAGGUGGCGAUGGCACUGCAUUAACGCACUGGGAGAAACGCAUACUAGAAAAUGAAGCAAUGACUGGCACACAUACCCAAUCACCUGUUUUUUCACGUAUCACUUUAGCACUUAUGGAGGAUUCUGGUUGGUAUCGCGCUAAUUACAGCAUGGCCACGCCCAUUACUUGGGGUAAGGGGUUAGGUUGUAAUUUUGUUAUGCGCAGUUGUAAAGAUUGGAUACAAACCAAUAAUGGCAGCUUACCAAAUGGCAACGAAAAAUGGAUGCGGGGACGUUCCAUACAUCCAUUCUGUUCGAAAGUGAAACAAGAUCCACUACAAACUGAGUGUACAGACGAUCGCAACUCUGUGGCGCUAUGUAAUCUCAUAAAGCAUGACUAUGAGCUACCAAAAGAAUACCAGAAUUUUGAUAGCCUCACCAAUGUGAGAGAUGGUGAAGAGGGUUAUUAUGGUGGUUCCGUCUCACUUGCGGAUCAUUGUCCUUACAUACAAGAAUUCACAUGGAGGAAUAAGAAUAUUAUAGUACGCGGCUCACAUUGUCGUUUUGUUGAAAAUAAUCCAAAACCAGAAAAAAAUUUUGCUUUGGAGAGUUAUGGCAAAGGCUCAAAAUGCUUUGAUCACAGUGAAUCCAUGUGGGAGGAACGUUCAUGCCAUCAGACACGUGAAUGGCAGCAUUGGGGCUCUGGCUGCUACGAAUACAGUUGCAUCGACGGACGUUUAAAUAUAAUUGUCGGUAACUACUCAUAUACCUGCUAUUUUCCAGGGCAGCAAUUGUCAAUUCGCAUAUUAGCAAAUGGAUGGUUGCAUAAGGGUGCCAUAAUUUGUCCACCAUGCCAUGAGUUGUGCGGCAAUUAUUUUGCCGCACGAAAGCAGGAAUGCCGUUUCCGUGAAGAGGCCCCACCAUCGAACAAGUACCCACGUGAUGUUAUGGUGUGCAGUGCAUGUGGUUUGGGUGCGCAUAAACACCUACUCUUAAGUGGUGCCAUAAUUGCAGAUUUGCUAUUCAAGCGUGUGUUGGUGCAUGUCAGUUAGAUGCUUUAAUUCUCGUAGAUAUUUUAUUACUAUAAUUUUUAAACAUUUUUGUUAUAUGUUUAUGUUAAGUUUAAAUGUAAGAAUAGUUAUAAGUGUAAGCAAGUAGUAAGCUAAGUGUAAUGCAUGAAUAUUUAA